GCCAAGGAGCGCCAGGUCCAACCCAUGAAAGGACUGCUUCCUGUGUUUGUUGUUGCUGUGAAGAGUAGGACUGGAAUCGCAGGUGGCUCACCAUGUCUGCCGAGGCCACAUGCUGCUCACUGGGGGAGUGUACUGGGGCGAGCGGGGGCGCCGGGAACAUGCCAGAGCUGUUACCUGUGGCAGCUGCCACCAUGUCCACGGCCACCCCCCUGUCGUACGAGCUCAAGCCCCUUCCGUUCACCAGCAGUAAGUAUGUGAAGCUCAAUGUGGGCGGCUCCCUUCACUACACCACCGUGCAGACGCUGACCAAACACGACACGAUGCUGCGGGCCAUGUUUAGCGGGCGUAUGGAAGUAUUGACCGACAGUGAAGGCUGGAUCCUGAUCGAUCGCAGUGGCAAACACUUUGGCACAGUGCUGAAUUACCUACGUGAUGGCACAGUGCCGCUCCCCGAUGCUCCCAGAGAACUGGAGGAGAUCCUGGCUGAGGCCCGCUUCUACCUGAUCCAGGGCCUGACUGAAGCCUGCCAAACUGCUCUACAGCAAAAGACUGAAGGCUACGAUCCAGUGUGCCGUAUCCCCAUGAUCACUUCCCCCAAAGAAGAACGGAAGGUCAUCUCCUCGUGCAACAAGCCCGUCGUCAAGCUGCAGCACAACAGGAGUAACAACAAGUAUUCCUACACAAGCAACUCUGACGACAAUCUGCUGAAAAACAUUGAGCUCUUUGACAAGCUGGCAUUGCGUUUCAAUGGUCGCAUCCUCUUCAUCAAAGACGUCUUGGGCGAUGAAAUAUGCUGCUGGUCCUUUUACGGGGAAGGGCGCAAGAUCGCCGAAGUGUGCUGCACCUCCAUCGUCUAUGCAACAGAGAAGAAACAGACCAAGGUCGAGUUCCCCGAAGCUCGGAUCUUUGAGGAAACCCUCAAUAUCCUGAUCUACGAGAGCGGCCGGGCAUCCAGUAUGGCGUCUGCUGUGCUGGAAUCCUCAGCCCUGGGCCUUCUGCCCGAGGAGGAGGACGAGAGGGGCCGAGAGAAGAGGGUGCGCAGGAUCCAUGUUCGGCGGCACAUUAUGCAUGAUGAAAGGCCACAUGGGCAUCAGGCUGUCUUCAAAGACUAAGCUGCCUGUGUGUGCCCAGACCCCAUCUGACCCCCACCCCACCCCCCCUGCUGGCCAGGAGGGGUAUCUGCAUGGUGACCUCAAAGGCUGCCAACUAAUGGUUCCCACACCCCUGAACAUUCCCAAGGUGGGCAGUCGGCUUCCUGGGAUAUGGAGGGUGGUGCCCACUGGGUAGGUGAACCGUAUGACACCAUCCCAUCCCAACACACCCUGUUCACAUUUACAUUUUGGAAUAACUUGCCACUAAAGUUUUGUAUUUAUUGAUUGUGGAAUUCCACAGGUACGUACCCAUAACCUUGACCCCCUAAGACCACCGCAGCUGACCAUCGGGCAAAGGGACAUGAAAACAGUUGGCAGCUGCUGGGGCGGGGCUGUACCCAGUCUGGUGGUGGUAGUGCAAGGCACUAUAUGCCAACAUGCGUGGUUCAGCUACACUCCUAUCCCAAAAUUACCCUCUGCAUGAGGAAGAGGCGGAGGACACUAGAAGAAUAAAAUGUUGCAUUUCUGUCAUUUUUUAAACUAAUUUGUGUUUUUGUUUUUUUUUUUUUAUGUUACUUUGCAAUUCUCUUUUUAAUUUUUUAUAAAUGAAAUGGUCCUGUUGUGUUGUGCUUGACUUGUAUCUUGUCUUUUAAAUUAUUGUAACUGUUUGAAAAGUUGCAAAUGAUGGUACGGAAGAAACCCCUUAAUAAAACUAAAGUGAACAUGG